AUGGGGAGUUGGGUAUUGAUGUCAACACCAGAGGAUGUUAUUGAUGUCACAUUGAUGGAACCAGGAGGGAUGAUAGAGAGGGGGAUUCCGGGACUUCAUGAUUCGGGAUGUCCAUCACGGCCAGACCCUAGCUCAGGUUGUGACAAUUAUCUUUUGAGCAGAUAUCAAAUUUCUUUGGCUGGUCUUCAAGAUUCGUCCUCCAUAGAUACUCCAUUAGAAUUGAAUGUAAAGUAUCAUCGUGAGGAAGACAAUCUUCUGCCUGAUCCAACUAUAUUUCGGCAAUUUGUUGGGAGCUUAAAUUACCUUACUAUUACCCGACCUGACAUCUCUUUUAUAGUUCAGCAAGUUAGUCAAUUUAUGCAAGCUCCCCUUCAUCUCCAUUUGGUGGUUGUACGUCGCAUCAUUUGGUAUUUCCUAGGAAUAUCUAAUCAUGGAUUAUUCGUUCCUAGUGGUUCUCCCAUUCGUCUUAAUGCUUUUAGUGAUUUUGACUGGGCGGGAUGUCCUGAUAUUCGUCGUUCAGUUACUGGUUGGUGUAUGUUUCUUGGAGAUUCCUUGAUAUCUUGGAAGAGUAAAAAACAAAAUCGUGUCUCAAAAUCUUCAACAGAGGUUAAAUAUCGAUUUAUGUCUACUUCUUGCUCUAAUGUUGUAUGGCUUCAUGGAUUAAUUGCUAAGAUUAAAUUUCUUCAAUCUACUCUGACUCCUCUUUAUGCCGAUAAUACAAGUGUUAUUCCUAUUGCUACUAAUCCAGUUUAUCAUGAGAGAAUCAAACACAUCGAAGUAGACUAUCAUUAUAUAUGA